UUUCAAUAGGAAGAGCUGUUGAAUCGGUACAGUGCGUGUUUGUCGAGCCGGUAUCUUUAAUGAUCUUUCAAAACCCAGUUUAGCACUUUUUCAUAGCGUAUUUAAGUAGUUAAACGCGUCUGUUUGGUUUUAGGAUGAUAUAUUUAAGUGGGCUUUCUGUGGUACUGGCCCUGGCGCUGGUGCCGAGCUGCACUGAAGCUUUGAAGGAUGGAGAGUGCGAAGUCUGUGUGGGUUUCCUGGAACGGUUUUACCAGACGCUACAAGACAAUGACGUCAAGUUCGACAGUGACUCCAUCGAAAAAGCUCUUCUAAAAUCUUGCAAAGAGGCCAAAGGAAAAGAAAACCGAUUUUGUUAUUAUAUAGGGGCGACAAGUGAUGCAGCAACAAAAAUAAUCAAUGAAGUUUCUAAACCGAUGAGUAACCAUGUGCCAGUGGAAAAGAUCUGUGAAAAGCUCAAAAAGAAGGACAGUCAAAUCUGUGAACUGAAAUAUGAUAAACAAGUUGACUUGAGCUCCGUCGACCUGAAGAAGUUGAAAGUGAAAGAUCUGAAGAAAAUUUUGGAGGAAUGGGGCGAAUCCUGCAAAGGAUGCGUGGAGAAAUCCGACUUCAUCCGCAAGAUCAAUGAGCUAAUGCCCAAGUAUGCGCCCAACGCGGCCAAGGCACGGACAGAUCUGUAAA